CCUCGUUCUCUGUCUCUCUCUGCCCUCCGCCGCAGACGCGACACCCCCUCCCGCUGUCACCCCCUUCCCCUCCCGCCCCGCCAUGCCGAACAUCGUGCUUUUCAGCGGCAGCUCCCACCACGAUCUGUCCCAGCGGGUGGCGGAUCGGCUCGGGCUGGAGCUGGGAAAGGUGGUCACCAAGAAGUUCAGCAACCAGGAGACCAGUGUAGAGAUUGGUGAAAGCGUGAGAGGAGAAGAUGUGUAUAUUAUCCAGAGUGGCUGUGGAGAAAUAAAUGACAACUUAAUGGAACUGCUCAUCAUGAUCAAUGCUUGCAAGAUUGCGUCAGCCUCCAGAGUGACUGCUGUAAUUCCAUGUUUUCCCUAUGCCAGGCAAGAUAAAAAAGACAAGAAGGGGUCCGUGGAGCGUUGGAGUCGUGCUCCAAUCUCUGCAAAACUUGUUGCCAACAUGCUGUCAGUUGCAGGGGCUGACCACAUCAUCACCAUGGACUUGCACGCUUCUCAGAUCCAGGGUUUCUUUGACAUUCCAGUAGAUAACCUGUAUGCAGAACCUGCAGUGCUGCAGUGGAUUAAAGAGAACAUUUUGGAGUGGAGAAACUGUAUCAUAGUCUCACCUGAUGCGGGUGGUGCAAAAAGAGUUACUUCAAUUGCUGACAGACUGAAUGUGGAAUUUGCUCUCAUUCAUAAGGAAAGAAAGAAGGCAAAUGAAGUGGACAGGAUGGUCUUGGUUGGUGAUGUGAAAGACCGAGUAGCAAUUCUGGUUGAUGAUAUGGCUGACACAUGUGGCACAAUAUGUCAUGCAGCAGACAAGCUAGUAUCUGCUGGAGCCACUAAAGUUUAUGCCAUUCUUACUCAUGGCAUCUUCUCUGGUCCUGCUAUUUCUCGGAUUAAUAAUGCAUCGUUUGAGGCUGUUGUGGUAACUAAUACAAUCCCCCAAGAAGAGAAAAUGAAACACUGCCCAAAAAUUCAGUUUAUUGACAUUUCCAUGAUCUUGGCUGAGGCAAUUCGAAGAACACACAACGGUGAAUCUGUGUCUUACCUGUUCAGUCAUGUCCCCUUGUAACUGCAGGAGAUUACAUUGCAUCUUUGCAAAGGUUCCUUCAGCUAGCACUGUUUUUAACAAUGCAUCUCAACCAAAAGAAAUUAGUAUCUUUUUGUGCAAUUCCAGAGCUAGUAUGUUUGAUUGUUAUAUUUGUCAUGUAAUUGCCAUUUGUUCUUUGUAAAUGGGCAGUAAAUCUCCCAUCUUGCGGGAACUUUAUGCAACACAAGACUUGCAGAGAGAAUGCAUAGGUUCUCUUUUAUGUACCUUUCCUCACUUUCUGCUAAACUGCUGCUUCAAAUAAAUUUUGCCAUACAGAACUACAAACUGUUCAUAGAACUUAAUGGGAUGUAUGCACGUAAGAUCAUUUUCUCUGUUAAGCUAAAUGCUGCAGGCUUAGUUUUCUUGUAUCUAUUAGUCUGUCAGGCAAGCAGCUGAUAGAUUUUUGGUUUGGUUUGGUUUAACUACCAUGAAUAGUAUUUUGUAAGCCCUAACAGAAUGUAAACUUCAUCUUUAUUUUGAGGAACUGUUGACACAUCCAUAGUAUUAACUGUUUCAUCCUCUUUUUUCCACAAGAUAUAUGUGGCUGCUGUUUUCUCUUCUAAACUCUCAUUAUGUUAAAUCAUUUGCUUAACAUCUAUUCUGUGCAGUAACUGUUUUCAGUUGUAAGAUUAAUGUUUUGGUAUUCCUAGGAUGAUUCGUUGCAUGUGUUUCAAUAAUAAGAAUCAAUCUUUCAUCAUGAGAAAUUUGGUUUAAAUUUCUUUUUUUUUUUUAACAUGUCUUGGUUGUGAUCAUAUGAAUAAUUUCAUAGCACUUGUUCCUAUAUUAUAAAGCUUCAUUAUGAAAAGUCCAAACAGCAAAUAUAAACACACAUAUAUUUAUACAAGCUGGUCUCUACCUACAUUUACUUGAUUAAAAAAUAUCUGAAAAUAC